CUCGGAGUAAAUACAUAACAGUGAAUUUCCAAAAAAGAUAAGGUGGAUGAUGUUGAUCCACAGCCUUCACUUUUAUUUUUGUCUUCAGUCCGGCAAGAGUUUGAGAAAGUGACUCAUAUUCCGCUGUUUAAGGCACAUCUUACUUUAGAAGCCGCCAGCAUAAUGAAGCAAAUGAUAAUGUUGUUUGCGAUCUGGACCUUUAUUUCCAUUGGCUCCAUAACUCAUGCUGGAAUAAUCGAUAUCCAUAUACACCUUCCUGAGAGCUGUGUAUCUGGUAAGAUGAAAGUAUCAGAGCAGACCAAAGGUUACAUUCCCAUCUCGAAGCUUGCCAAAGGAGAUGUCAUUCGUGGAGUCACUGGGUCCGAGAAGAAGUCUGCCUGGUGCAAAGUGGAAGCGGUAUUCCUUGUUGCACAAGGUCAAAAUCAAACCACAUAUGAUGGUUUUACCGCUGACCAUAUGGUAGUAGACAAAACCGUACACAGAUAUGGUAAUGAGGGACAGAGAAACGAUGGGCCAAUAUAUACUCUUUCCACCGACUGCGAUGCAGCAGAGAAUUCAGCUGGUCAGCUAUUCACMCCAAUAAGUACCACAUUCUGUCGUCAUGARCUUACAUGGAGUGAAUAUCUCUCCUUGAUUGCUGCGAUACGUCGCGUCACAGCCCGCACAGGAAACUUCUGGUACGACCUGAAUGCUUACCAUGAUAAUGACACCGCUUCAGUUCCACGUUGGGUUGAACAGCUUCCCCCAUUGUGUGAAGAACUUCUGCGUUGCGCACGGAAAAGUGAAUGCCAAAAGUUUGAGUUUGUAACGGCAAGGUUCGUGCAUGAGCAUCUGAAUGUGAAAUUCGCGCAAGUCGUCGACAGAGCUUUUCCACACCUUGGCGGUAAUCUCAAGAAGUCGGAGUCAGGAACAGUGUCAGAAGUGGUUAGCCCGAAAAAGCAGAGUUAUACCAUCAUAAUAACAUGUUCGGCGGUCGGUGGGAUUGCGUUAGCUUUGCUGAUGUUUAUUGCCAUUUUCCUUUAUUGCCGUCGUUCUCGAGCUCGAGUCAGCAAAAAGUUGCAAAUCGACGACGCACAACCCAAUAAAAGCCAGCCUCCAGGGAACGUCUCACUUGAUCAUACUAAAGCAUGAAGUUGCARUAACGGAUCUGUUCAGAAGCAGCUAUAGUUCAGAAGCUUUUUAGGGUAGCUUUUUACUGCAGCAAACAUAAACAGGCAAACAGACAACAAACAAAUAGCUGAACAGAAAGACAAAAAGAGAGUCAAACGCAUUCAAUAAAUCACUCACUGACAUUUUUAUCGAGACUUURAUUAUCCUAGCUACAGCUCUCAGUUUACUAGACAAUGUUUAGUAUUUUUAUAUCGCACAUUUUUAUAGCCAAACUGGUAUACAUCAGUUGUUAGGAAAAAAACAGCUUUUUGCAUUUUCCAUUCAGUUAUACAGGCAGCACAYGGRAAGUGACGAAAAAACGAAAGAAGACUGCUUUAGGAACGAAGUGAGUGCUGUAUCAGCUUGUACUACAGGACGGAGCACGAGAAAAUUAGCUUUYUUUAAUGAAAAUAUGUUCUAGUUUUUAGUUUGUAAUGUUGUAGUUUUCGAUAUAGUUCUGCAAUGUUUUAGAGCUGAGGCUGAUAGACGCAUARCCGUGCUCCUCUUAGAAAGCACAGUUUUAAACCAAUCACAGUAAGCGUGUGACUUUAAAUACAUCAACAGAAAAUGACUAAUGCGCUUAUGUUUAGGUUUAGUCGUUAAUUAUGUGGCUGCUCUUAUYUACUCUGCAUUGUGAAAAAAUUUCCAGUCAUGUGCAAGAUUAUUGUAUGACUUGUGGGUAACCAUGACAAAUAAACUUGAUAUGAUUGCGA